AUGAAGUUUGCUUGGCAAAUUGCUGAUGGAAUGAGUUACUUGUCCUCAAAAUCUGUAAGUUAAUUAAAAACACAAAAGACAAUUCAAAAACCUUCUUAUAAGGUGUGUCGUCAUGUUAAGCUCUGUCCUGCAUAGGAUAUUCUGUCUUCACAAGAUCACGCCCAGGAGAUUCAAACGUAUCCUUACCGUCUUGUUGAGGCUAUUUCUUUAGGGCCGGGAACCCUCCCACUUUUAACGCCAUCAUCUAAUUUUUAUUCCUAUAUGCGAAUGACGAUAUUUGUGUAUCGUUGCAAGUGUACCCCAUCGAAAUACAAUAUCCAGGUUUCCCUCGUGUACGCAAAGGCAGAGACUUGAAUCAAUGGGAUCCUUUCAGAUGUUCAGCGUAAACUGAGUCUACAACAAAAAUCCAUUUCAGUGUCUAGGAAAGAAUUAAAACCUGAAAUUUCAAAAGUUCGUCUUUGGUCGCUAAACUGCCACGUUGCAGAAUCCUAUUUCGGUUAAAAUCUUAAAUGAGGUAAGCGUUGUAUAAAAUGACUACGUAUUGCAGAAAUAUAGGAGUUUACUUCUCUUUGGAAUAUGGAGUAGUAAUUUAAGUUUUAAUUUUCUUCCAUCUAGAAGAAAGAGAAAUGCGCACACCAUAUCAUGUUGCUUGGUAUUUCUAUUUCCAUAUCUGAACCAUUUCAUUUUAUUUCUUUUUCUUCUGCAAUCGCCAAUUUUUGCUGUCGCAUCAAUUCUUUCUUAGAUCAUUCACCGAGACCUUGCGGCCCGUAAUGUGUUGGUUGGACAAAAGGAAACUUGUAAAGUGACAGACUUCGGAAUGGCCAGAGAUGUGCAGCAGGAAAACAUUUAUGAACGAAAGACUAAGGUAAUCAAGAAAGAGGUGAGUUUAGUGAUCUUUCGCAAUCAUUGUUGUAGUAAAGCUAAUGUAUUCCUGAUUUCGAUGAAGAAAGCCUUGGAUGGGACCCUGAAGACAUUAAUAGCCAUACAUAUUUGAGUAUAAUUUUAAAUGUCAUUGUCUUCGACUACUCGCUUCCUAUAACUUUUAAGCUGUUUCACAAAGUGAUAUUUAAAAUCUUUAGGGCCGUCUUCCAGUGGACAGCUUAUGAGGCCUUGUUGUAUGGUAGAUAUACCACUAAAAGUGACGUGUAAGUAUACCCGACUAUUAUCCGAAACACUUUUCCAACAAAUCUUAUCAAUGUUAAUCAGAACUUGAAUUCUAUGCUUUGUCAGAGAAUACAUAUAUUUUGUUUUCCGUAUAUCAUGUUAAUAUCUUCAGUCACCUGGGUUAUAUUUCUGUUUGAUUUGUCUUUCUGCAGGUGGAGUUAUGGAGUUUUGCUGUACGAGAUUUUCACCAAAUGUAAAAUCGAAUGGAAGUUUAAUUUUUGAGGCUCUGUAGAUGUUUUUUGCCAUAUACCAUGUUUAAUGAAACAAUGUACCGUGUUCAGUUAGACAAACUUAGUGAGUUUCCCCAGGCCACCAGAUGACACAGGUGGUGUUUCAGUGAAGGUCGUUUAAUGAGCUUCCCCAAGCAACCUCAAACUUUAUAAAGCGACACAGGUGGUGUUUCAGUGAAGGUCACUUUUUCGAUGGUCUUGUGGUUCUUCCAGGGGGUUCACCUUACCCAAGAAUGGAUGGAAGAAAAAUUGCAUACCUACUUCAGGAUGGAUACAGGAUGCCUAAACCACAACACGUCGAUGAGGAAUGGUAAGUCCUUUCUCAAUUCGCUCUCUCUCAUCGUAUAAGGAAACGUUCUUUAAAUCUCUAAUAGAUCAUUUGAACAAUACCAGGUAUCAGAUCAUGAUGAACUGCUGGAAGAACGACCUGGAUGCAAGACCAACCUUUACUGAAUUGAAAAAUCAGCUUAAAGACAUGGAAACCCUACACAAGGUGAGAAUUUUGAUCUACAUGAGAGUUCUAUUCUCUUAA